AUGGCAACCUUGGCCCUGCAGCUAGUUGGGCUGGCACUGUCUAUCCUGGGCUGGCUGGGCUCUAUUUUGGCUUGUGCCCUGCCCAUGUGGAAGGUGACGGCUUUCAUCGGAUCCAACAUCAUUGUGGCACAGGUCUUCUGGGAGGGACUGUGGAUGAACUGUGUUUAUGAAAGCACUGGUCAGAUGCAAUGCAAGGUCUACGACUCCCUACUUGAUCUACCAGCAGACCUACAAACCACCCGCGCCUUGGUGGUGGUCUCCAUCGCCAUGUCUUUCCUGGCUCUCCUGAUUGCCAUCUCUGGAGCAAGGUGCACCCGCUUCGUAGAAGACCCAAAUACCAAAGCCAAAGUUUUGAGGAUAGCUGGUGUGGUGUUCAUCCUAGCUGGAAUGGCGCUCCUCUUUCCUGUCUCUUGGUCAGCAAGGAACAUUGUCAGCAACUUCUAUAACCCACUCAUUCCUGAGGCCCUGAAGAGAGAGCUGGUUUCACAAGAUCAGCCUGCGAUCCUGUUGCAUAUACAAUUUCUGGAGAUGAUGUUCAGGUGCCUUGGACGAAGCUCAAGCUACGGCACAUUUAAAUAAACCAGGGGUGUAAAACUCGUGUCGUCACAUGACGUAUUGCGACUUCCCCCCCUUUGCUAAAAUGGGCUGGGCGUGGCCAGCGCAUGAUGCAUCCGGCCCACGGGCCGCAAGUUUAA